AUGUCCAUAGCACUCAAGCAAGUCUUUAAUAAAGAUAAGACUUUCCGCCCAAAACGCAAGUUUGAACCUGGAACCCAGAGGUUUGAACUUCACAAACGAGCACAGGCCUCUCUGAACUCAGGCGUGGACUUGAAAGCGGCUGUGCAGUUGCCCAGCGGAGAAGACCAAAAUGACUGGGUGGCUGUCCAUGUUGUUGACUUCUUCAAUAGGAUCAACCUCAUUUAUGGAACUAUCUGUGAGUUCUGCACAGAGAGGACCUGCCCAGUGAUGUCUGGAGGUCCUAAGUAUGAGUACCGGUGGCAGGAUGACGUGAAGUACAAGAAGCCCACAGCGUUGCCGGCACCCCAAUAUAUGAAUCUUCUCAUGGACUGGAUCGAGGUGCAAAUCAACAAUGAGGAUAUAUUUCCUACGAGUGUAGGUGUUCCCUUUCCAAAGAACUUCCUUCAGAUCUGCAAGAAGAUACUCUGCCGGCUUUUUCGGGUGUUUGUUCACGUCUACAUCCAUCACUUUGACCGUAUCAUCCUUAUGGGGGCUGAGGCCCACGUCAAUACCUGUUACAAGCAUUUUUAUUACUUUGUGACUGAGCUCAACCUCAUAGACCGCAAAGAACUAGAGCCUUUGAAAGAGAUGACAACAAGGAUGUGUCACUAAGAAGUUACCCACUGAAGAAAAGCAAAGUCCAAUUUCCUUCUCACCACAGAGUUCAAGAACAUGACAGCCCUCAUGGACUGAGCCUGCUCAUUAAUCCACGAAAGUAGGAAAGUUGGGAACCACAGUUACUUUCACAAAUGCUUCCCACCACUGUCAGCGUUCUUAACGCUGAAUAUGCUGCUAGGAACCUCGU